GGAGAUUUAGUUUUUCUCAAGUUGUUUUUCUUUUUCACUGAGUAGGUCGUGACCUUUUGCGAAGCCUGAUUUCAAUCAGGCGCCAUGACUAGGUUGAUAUUACUUGUGGUUUUGGUUCAAUUAUGGGUGCAUACUUCUGCCCAUAAUAAUGAACCUCCACACUAUAAGUAUUCAAGAGAAGCUAAUGUUGAGCAUAAAGCCCAUAUCGUCCAAGAAACACGAAAAGAGUCUCCUGAGCAACUGUGGAUUGAGGUUACUGGAGCUAUAUUACUCAUCAGUGUUGCUCCGUUCGUUAUUUUAUGCCUGAUACCGGAUCUAAACAAACAUCAUGGAUUUCUUAAGAUUCUCCUCGCAUUUGCAGCUGGUGGUUUACUGGGAGAUGCGUUUCUUCACUUAAUUCCUCAUGCCCUUGACAGUGGACAAUCUAAUCAUGAACACAAACGUAACGAGGAGCAUGCUCAUGAACACAGUCAUGGACAUCAGCAUGCACAUGAGCAUAGUCAUAGUCAUGAACAUGCACAUGAUCAUAAGCGACAUUCGGCUGUUGGACUUUAUGUUGUUGGUGGGAUUUUCGCAUUUUUGUGCGUCGAAAAAUGUAUCCGGCUUUUUAGAAAUGAUCAUGGUGGUGGACAUACCCACCAAAUUACACCAAAUACUAAUGGGGAUAAUAAAGGGAAAAACAAGAAAAAAGGCUCAAGUGAAGAUGUAAAAGGUGGGAGCAAGGUUAAAUCUUCUGAUUUCAAAGUUGCUGGAUAUCUAAAUCUGGCAGCGGAUUUUACACACAAUUUUACGGAUGGUUUAGCCAUUGUAACCACGUUACUGAAUACAUAAUGUACACAUCAAAAUAGUUUUGAGGUGUUGUGUGGUAACUCGUAAUUGGUAAUAGAUGUUAGGAAUAGUUCACUGGGUGACAAAAAGUUUGGUAUUAUGAACAAGUAUCGAACUGCCACUUCUUAUUUUGUUCCCUUGUGAAAAGCAGAACUGAUUCAUAAACUGUAAGUAUCAUAUAUGAUUGUUGCAAUCAUGGACUUGACUUGGCAUUUCGUACGUGUAAUUUUGCGUGUGUUGUUGUUCAUAUGAAAAUUCAUGCUAUUAAGGUAUUUUGUUUGUUGAUACGUCUAUGUAUUCCUCAGAAAAGACUGGUUGUUUUCAGCUCCUUAUUUUCAGUCAGUGUGUUUGUGUGGGGUAAUUGAUUUGCACUAUUAUUUAUUAUAGGGAAUAAUAAAAAAUACGGUUGCAGCGAAGAAAAUUUUCUUUUCGACGAAGUCAUCAACUAGUCUGUUUAUUCGUGUGUUUACGGUAAAUGAGUGAGAAAGUUCCAUAACUAUUUCUGGUCAAAAGUCAAGUUAAUAAAGUUACAAAGUGUAAUAAAUACGAAGAUCGGAUACAGAAUAUAGGUAAAUAGAUUGUAGCAUGAUCCUGCAGAUAUUUCAGGUCAAAGGUCAAAUUAGUAAAAUUACAUAAUAAGUGGGUGGGUAAGUUUCAGAAUAAUACUGUUACUUCUGGCUACACAUUUAUUGUUUAUCAUAAAGCCAUAGUUAAUCGAAGGAUUUUAUGUAUAUUUAUGUAUGAUUUAGGUGGAUCCUUCCUGGUUAGUAGGAAUGUUGGAUUCCUAACCACUUUCACAGUAUUGCUACAUGAACUUCCACAUGAGAUUGGAGACUACGCAAUCUUAAUACAGUCAGGAUUUUCUUCACGUAAGGUAUGUCGUGUAUGUUUUCUUAUGGGUUCAGUAGUUUUUUAAUCUUCAAAGUCAAAGUACUGAGAAAUCGUAGGUUGUAUUGUGCAUUUACUUUGGUUGGAAUACUGAGUUGCGCAUUUAAUGAUAUUUAUAGAAUGGAACGUAGACUCAUCAUCAUCAGGCAAUUCACUUACACGUCAAAUGCUAUGCUUCUACAACUCGUUACUGCGUUCGGUGCACUUUUAGGUGCAUAUCUUAGCCUAAUUGCUGCUCGUGUUGGAUUCGGUUCUGUUAUUCCUAAUACUGACAUGCUGCCAGAAAUAACGGAUGAUAUUGUUAUUGGCCGCAUUUUACCGUUUACCGCAGGUGGCUUUAUCUAUAUUGCUAUGACGUCUGUGCUACCUGACCUACUGGCGGCCAAUAGUGGCAGUAAUAAUGCGACGAAAGCAUCAAGUGGUGCAUUCAAACUGUUCAUUCAGAGUCUUCUUGAAAUAGUGUCUUUAAUCGCCGGAGUUGCAAUGAUGGCUGCCAUCGGAACUUUAGAAUAGUACAAUCCAAAAACAACCAAGAUGACAAGACAGAUUUGGCUUGAUCAUACUUCCUAUGUUUGCGCACUGGUAAUUUCCACUGCAUUCUAGUCCUCUCAUUUUAUAUCUUUGCGUUUGUUAAUAUAUUGUAUGUCUUUCGGUUGAGAAAUGAAUUCACAAAGCAUUUUUCUUAGAAAUCAGAAUGUUCAUUAUUAUUUGAUAAAACCCUAAUAUUAUUUGUCUCUUACUUCUUCAUUCUUUUCAUCAUUUUCUAGUAGUUCGAAUCUUGUUUUUUGGAGAUGCAUUGUAUUUCAGCGUUUAUGAUUUCAUUGUUGCAGUAACACUUUUGAAUGUUUAUCCUAUGGCAAAUGCUCUACGGGAUUGAUAUGCUUGUAUUUUUGACUGAUGUAUCUUUGUGCUGACACUUAAAUCGGAGGUCACUAAUCUUUCGUUUCUACCCUCUUCACAUUACCAUGAAUUCAAUUCGUUUUGUCUUUGUUGUUCUGUCAUCUCAUAAAUGAUGGAACUUGUGUUUCAACCAAAAAAAUCACACUUUCUUUUUAUUACUAGUUGAUGUAAGGAUACAUAUAUAUAUAUAUAUAUAUAUAU